AUGUCACCGUCAUCCACAAUCAUCAAGCAUUGCCAAACGCUACAAGAACUAUAUGUUGUGCUUCGAAUGAAUCGAAAGCUCGAGUUUUAUGACACUAGAAGUGCGAGUAGUGAUAUUAGUGAUCAUAUCACGUCAGGGAAUAAGAUUGAAUCCGUUUAUCUCCAGGGUUUUGCUGGAUGGGAUGGUGAUGGAUUAUUGAAAAUUGAUUCCUACGGUCUCGAGCUUAAGGUUGAAAGUAAUAUCAAGUCACGCAUGCAUUUAGCAGCUUUCAAUCGUGUGGAUCUUGAGAAAUGGUGUCGUGGAUUUAUUGCGGUGUUGGAUCCACAUAGUGAACCGGGGCUAGAGGUUCGACGUGAACGACGGCGCUUAAAGAAAGAAGCGAAACGAUUACAGGAAGAACGGGAAGAAAAAAUUCGUCAAUGGAAAGCGAAAAAAGCAAAAAUGAUCAAAGAAGAGCAGGAUAAAAUGUUAGCAAGAGAGGAAGAGAUUAACAACAUGACGCCAUUGGAACGAAUCGAUGGACUUGGUUCAUUGGAUGAGGAUACAGCAAAGAUGCUGGAAAAACGAAAAAUGAGAUUACAACGCCGACAAGCACCGACAACUGGGAGAGUGAAUAAAAUUGCGUAUCGCCGACGGAUGGAAGAAGCAGCAGGUGGUAAAACAGAUAAUGUCCAACCAUUACACACGAAGAUUGUAGAACAGAAAGUUAAAGUUCGUGUGGAACUUCCUCCUCCUGGGCAAUUUUUUGAAAUUGGUGGUAUUGUGCACAACGAUGGACCAAUGCGCUCGGGAUUUUCUGGAAGCGAUAUGUCGGACAGCUCAUCAAUGUCAUCACGGCUUUCUUCUGUUUCGUCUGCUGCAGGAUCCAAGUAUGAUGUUGGUACGAACAACGUACCUCCUCUUUCUUCUUCGCUGCCACGUCGAUCCACCAAUACCUCUCGAGUUUCAAUGUCUUCUAGAGCAUCGAUGGGUAUUCCACUGCCACCCCCACCACCCCCACCACCCCCACUCUUUGAUCACCGUAGCUUUAACGAUAAAGAGUUUCGCCUUUCAAGAUCCAGCAGCAGUUUGCGCAGCUCAUCUUUCGACUCUUUUGCUUUUGAUCGGGAUGAAGAACCUGUGGCAUCGCGGUCUUCUUUUUUCCAAAGUAGUCACCGUGUAUCAGAUGCAGACGAGGCGAAACAGAACAUUCAAAGCAAUUUUGCAGCCAUUUUAGGUGGCAAAAGGUCGAAAUCUACAUCACGAACGUCACACGCAAGCCAUCGACGGGACUCGUUUGGGUCAACCAUGAGUUCGGUCAGAACUGCGUCGUAUGCAGUACCAGAACGGGAGUCGAGGACGAAAAUGAAUCGAUUGGUUGGCAGUAACGACCCUCCUGCCUCAGAACCCUCGAUGGUAAAUGCGUUUGCUGCUAGUCUUGCUGCAAUUCGCCGCAACCGAGCUGAUACGGUUGAAGAUGUGGGUAUUGCUAAUGGGGUGGCAAGCCCGGUAGCAACUACCAGACUUAACGGGAGCUUGCGCGAUCGAAAACGUAGCUCUCAGCUUAGUGCUGAGGGGAAAGAGAUAUUGAAGAAGGCAAUGAGCAGUAAUGGCGCGCAAGAUGCAACAACCAAAGCUAAGACAAACGCUAAUACAGGCCGAAGGGGGCUUUUUGAUGAUAGCAGCAGCGAUGAAGAUGAAGGAUCGGAUACUGAGUUGUUUAGCGUGGGUGAGCGGCAGCGCAAGGCAGUGAGCAGCACCUGUAAUGCUUCAAAUAGUACACGUUUCAGUGAUUCGAGUGCGGGCGCACGCUCUAAUCUAAAGAAGAAGGUCCACUUGGAGCCGUCUUCGAGCAGUGAUGAGGAUAUAUCAAGUGACUCUGACUCCAACAACGAAACGUCACUCGUUGCACGACAAAAUACCGCAGCCGCAGUUCCGGGUAAUGUCAACAAUGUUGGAGCCGGCGGAGCAGGACCUAGUGUUGUUGUGCUGUUCAAAACGUCUGCAUUGCGCGUGGAGGGCAAAAAAUCGGUUGGCGUGUUUACGUUUACGCUACAGUUUGGAAAUUUGGAGCAUAGUUUUUCAUUCACGUACUCGGAGUUUGAAGAAAUACACACGCGAUUGGCAUCGGCUUUGCCGGGGAUCACGAUGCCGAAGUUUCCUCCUAAGCACCGCUUGCGCAACAAUACGAAACCCGAGAAUAUGGCAAAGCGUGCACAAGAGUUUCGCUUGUAUUUGCAACAGCUGGUUGCUUUACCUGAAGUGUUGUCGAACGAGCGGUUCAAGUUUGAAUAUCACAUUGAUGGUGUCUUUGCGCGGGCAUUAUCAAACGAUCAAAAAUCCAACAGAAGUGUAGCAAAUAGUGCCGCCGGCUCCAAUGGCCGACCUCCGAGAAGCCCAGUUGCACCCAUGUCAAGAAAGGCGCUAGGAUCUCCCGCUUCUUUAUCUCCACUCGUAAGUCGUCCUAUCCAAGCUGCUAAAUCGAGGGGAUCGAAGGGGCUUUUCGGCUUAGAUAACUCUAAUUCCGACCCAGAGUCUGACUCUGACACGUCGGUCGACCCUCCGACGCCUUUAGCAAGGCAGCAGCGGCGCGAAUCUGCAACUUCAUCAACCUUGCGGAGGAAACUAAAAAAGUCUGAGCUGUCGGACAGUGGUAUCAACUCGGUUUUUGAAGAAGCUAAGAAGAGUCGAUCACGGUCACGGCUGAGCUCUCGAGCAAGUUCUCGGGCAAGCUUUGCGUUACCUGUUUCUGCUACAGAAUCUCCAAAGCCAGCUGUGCAAGACCUUCUCCCUGUUCGCCCGAAUCCAUUUGCAGGCGGUCGUGGCGAUCUGCUUGCCGCAAUCCGGCAGGGUGCUCAGCUAAAGAAAGCUAGUGGUGGAUCGGCCGUUGGCAGCUCGUCUGGAGAUGUAUCAAGCACUAUGCAACCAUUAGCGCCACCACCUGCCUUCACGCAACCAAGUUCUAUUAACGAAGCUAUCACGAAUGCUAUGGCAAUGCGUCGUAUUCAGGUGGAAUACGAGGAGACAGUCUCGAACGUAAACUCGGACUCGGAUGACGAUUGGGAUUAA